GGGGAAGAGAGACGCACACAUAAACAGAUAGGAGGCGGCACUGGUGCGGGAGCCACUUGCAGGACUAAGGGUUCUUGAAACAAAAUCUUAGCAGCCUGAAGAAAUAUAAGCCAGAUGGGGUGGCUGGACGAGAGCAGCUCUUGGCUCAGCAAAGAAUGCACAGUAUGAUCAGCUCAGUGGAUGUGAAGUCAGAGGUUCCUGUGGGCCUGGAGCCCAUCUCGCCUUUAGACCUAAGGACCGAUCUCAGGAUGAUGAUGCCCGUGGUAGACCCUGUGGUCCGUGAGAAGCAACUGCAACAGGAGUUACUCCUCAUCCAGCAACAGCAGCAGAUCCAGAAGCAGCUCCUGAUAGCAGAAUUUCAGAAGCAGCAUGAGAACUUGACUCGGCAACACCAGGCUCAGCUUCAAGAGCACAUCAAGGAACUUCUAGCCAUAAAACAGCAGCAAGAACUCCUAGAAAAGGAGCAGAAACUGGAGCAGCAGAGGCAAGAACAGGAAGUAGAGAGGCAUCGAAGAGAACAGCUUCCUCCUCUCAGAGGCAAAGAUAGAGGACGAGAAAGGGCAGUGGCAAGUACAGAAGUAAAGCAGAAGCUUCAAGAAUUCCUAUUGAGUAAAUCAGCAACAAAAGACACUCCAACUAAUGGAAAAAAUCAUUCCGUGAGCCGCCAUCCCAAACUCUGGUACACGGCUGCCCACCACACAUCAUUGGAUCAAAGCUCUCCACCCUUGAGUGGAACGUCGCCAUCCUACAAAUAUACUUUGCCAGGAACACAAGAUGCCAAGGAUGAUUUCCCUCUUCGAAAAACUGCCUCUGAGCCCAACUUGAAGGUGCGGUCCAGGUUAAAACAGAAAGUUGCAGAGAGGAGAAGCAGCCCCUUACUCAGGCGGAAGGAUGGAAAUGUUGUCACUUCAUUCAAGAAGCGAAUGUUUGAGGUGACAGAAUCCUCAGUCAGUAGCAGUUCUCCAGGGUCUGGUCCCAGUUCACCAAACAAUGGGCCAACUGGAAAUGUUACUGAAAAUGAGACCUCGGUGUUACCACCUACUCCUCACACUGAGCAGAUGGUUUCACAGCAGCGCAUUCUAAUUCAUGAAGAUUCCAUGAACCUGUUAAGUUUGUAUGCCUCUCCCUCGUUGCCAAACAUCACCUUGGGACUGCCAGCAGUGACACCCCAGCUCAAUGCUUCGAAUUCACUCAAAGAAAAGCAGAAGUGUGAAACCCAGACACUCAGGCAAGGUGUUCCUCUGCCUGGGCAGUAUGGGGGCAGCAUCCCAGCAGCAUCCAGCCAUCCCCACAUCGCUUUAGAGGGCAAACCCAGCAGCAGCCACCAAGCUCUCCUGCAGCAUUUAUUGUUGAAAGAACAAAUGAGACAGCAAAAGCUUCUGGUUGCUGGUGGAGUUCCCUUACAUCCUCAGUCUCCCUUGGCAACAAAAGAGAGGAUUUCACCUGGCAUUAGAGGUACUCACAAAUUGCCCCGUCACAGACCCCUGAAUCGAACCCAGUCUGCACCUUUGCCUCAGAGCACAUUGGCUCAGCUGGUCAUUCAGCAGCAACAUCAGCAAUUCUUGGAGAAGCAGAAGCAAUACCAGCAGCAGAUCCACAUGAACAAACUGCUUUCGAAAUCUAUUGAACAACUGAAGCAACCAGGCAAUCACCUGGAGGAGGCAGAGGAAGAGCUUCAAGGGGACCAGACGAUGCAGGAAGACAGAGCGCCCUCUAGUGGCAACAGCUCUAGGAGCGACAGCAUUGCUUGUGUGGAUGACACACUGGGACAAGCUGGGGCUGUGAAGGUCAAGGAAGAACCAGUGGACAGUGAUGAAGAUGCUCAGAUCCAGGAAAUGGAAUCUGGGGAGCAGGCUCCUUUUAUGCAACAGCCCUUCCUGGAGUCCCAGCAUGCACAUGCGCUCUCCGUGCGCCAAGCUCCCCUGGCUGUAGUUGGCAUGGACCGAUUGGACAAACAUCGACUUGUCUCUAGGACCCACUCCUUCCCUGCUGCCUCCGUUUUGCCUCACCCAGAGACGGACCGCCCCCUCAAGCCUGGUUCUGCAACUGGAAUUGCCUAUGACCCUCUGAUGCUGAAACACCAGUGCAUUUGUGGCAAUUCCACCACCCACCCCGAGCAUGCUGGACGAAUACAGAGCAUCUGGUCACGGCUGCAAGAAACUGGAUUGCUAAAUAAAUGUGAGAGAAUUCAAGGUCGGAAAGCCAGCCUGGAGGAAAUACAACUUGUACAUUCUGAACAUCACUCACUGUUGUAUGGCACCAACCCCCUGGAAGGACAGAAGCUGGACCCCAGGACACUCCUAGGUGAUGCCUCUCAGAAAUUUUUUUCCUCAUUACCUUGUGGUGGACUUGGGGUGGACAGUGACACCAUUUGGAAUGAGCUGCACUCGUCCGGUGCUGCACGCAUGGCUGUUGGCUGUGUCAUCGAGCUGGCUUCCAAAGUGGCCUCAGGAGAGCUGAAGAAUGGAUUUGCUGUUGUGAGGCCCCCAGGCCAUCACGCUGAAGAAUCCACAGCCAUGGGGUUCUGCUUUUUUAAUUCAGUUGCAAUUACCGCCAAAUACUUGAGAGACCAACUAAAUAUAAGCAAGAUAUUGAUUGUAGAUCUGGAUGUUCACCAUGGAAACGGUACACAGCAGGCCUUUUAUGCUGACCCCAGCAUCCUGUAUAUUUCACUCCAUCGCUAUGAUGAAGGGAACUUUUUCCCUGGCAGUGGAGCCCCAAAUGAGGUUGGAACUGGUCUUGGAGAAGGUUACAAUAUAAAUAUUGCCUGGACAGGUGGCCUCGAUCCUCCCAUGGGAGAUACUGAGUACCUAGAAGCAUUCAGGACUGUAGUGAAGCCUGUGGCCAAAGAGUUUGAUGCAGAUAUGGUCCUGGUUUCCGCUGGAUUUGAUGCAUUAGAAGGCCACGCCCCUCCUCUGGGGGGUUACAAAGUGACUGCAAAAUGCUUUGGUCAUUUGACGAAGCAAUUGAUGACCCUGGCUGAUGGACACGUGGUGCUGGCAUUAGAAGGAGGACAUGAUCUCACAGCCAUCUGCGAUGCGUCAGAAGCCUGUGUAAAUGCUCUUCUAGGAAACGAGCUGGAUCCACUUCCAGAAGAUACUCUUCACCAAACCCCAAAUAUGAAUGCCGUGAUUUCCUUACAGAAGACCAUUGAAAUUCAAAGCAAGUACUGGAAGUCGGUGAGGAUGGUGCCUAUGCCAAGGGGCUGUGCUCUGGCUGGGACUCAGUUGCAAGAGGAGACAGAGACCGUUUCUGCCCUGGCCUCUUUGACAGUGGAUGUGGAGCAAACUGUUAUUCAGGAAGACAGCAGAACUGCUGGUGAGCCUAUGGAAGAAGAGCCAACUUUGUGAAGUGCCAAGCCCCCCCUGAUAUUUCCUGUGUGUGACAUCAUUGUGUAUCCCCUACCCCAGCAUCCUCAGACAUGUCUUGUCUGCUACCUGGGUGGCACAGAUUCGAUGGAACAUAAACACUGGGCACAAAAUUCUGAACAGCAGCUUCACUUGUUCUUUGGAUAGACUUGAAAGGGCAUUAAAGAUUCCUUAAGACGUAACCGCUGUGAUUCUAAAGUUACAGUAAACCACGAUGGGAAGAAACUGCUUCCAGCAUGCUUUAAUAUGCUGGUUGAUCCACUCACGGGCCCAAAGCAUGAACUAGAAGGAUCCAGUGCAGCAUUAGAUACUGUUAAUUACAGAAGCUAUGACAGCCUGCAAAAUUUGGGGCAAAACCUGAUAAAUACACAUUUAUGACGAUCAGUAUUUUAUUGGAUAAUUUUAAAAAACCAGUCUUAAAUUGUUUACAGGAUUUGCUUUCAGCUAUGAAUGGUUAGCGAUUCCAUACAGAUUACUUUUUUCCUCUUUUGAUCUUUUGUUUUAACAUACUGUUCAACUCUGGAUAGUUCAAGAUGGAGCAAGUGAGAUGAGGCUUUUUU